CAUUAGUUGUUUUCGCUCUGUCUUUUAAAUUAUUCAUCAAAUCGCGAACCUCACUUUUGGCAGCAUCCGCAGGAUGAUCAUGGUCGAAUUUUGGUUGUUGAACAAUAGAAUCAUCAAUAUUUAAUGUAUGAAUGCGAACGUUACAUUUUUUUGACCAAUAAUCUUUACAUUUCCAAUAUGUUUUUCCUCCGGACUUGUUUUCAGUUACAUAUUCAUAACCAUUAAAACGCAGUAAACGUUUGCAUUUAGUAGUUGAUAAAAAACUAGCCAUACUUAUAAUGAAAUUAUUAUUAUUAUUACGAUUAUUACUAUUAUUAUUAGUAUUAUAAUUCAAAAAUGAAAGCAACAGACUAAAAACAAUGACAGUGAUAGAAUGUCUUGCUUUUAAGCAUAACAAACAGUAUGAUAUGUGUGCAUAGAGAUGAAUUUUGAGACGCCGCCGUCGAAAAAUUCGACCCUUAUUCAUAGUACUUUUUCAGUUAUUCUUGUGCGUCUAUUUACUUUAUGGUUAUCGUUCAGUUAUCUAGGAAAAUUCAUGCGAUGAAAAACCUUUCGGUGAAAAGUCGCUCGACGAAAAGUCCAUGCGAUGAAAAGUCCGUGCGAUGAAAAAUCUUUCGACGAAAUGUCGUCGAUGAAAUGUCGUUCGAUGAAAAUACGUUCGAUGAUUUGUCGUUACCCCCUAAUUACUAUAUCGACGGUGGCGUAUCAAGUUGAAAACUUUAUCAGCGGCGUGGGGGUAAAUUGAAAAACAUAUUUUCGUCUUUGGUGGCGACGGCGUGGCUAACACCUCUAAUUAUGCUGCAGGUGGUUAGUUUCUAUCUUGUGUCACCAUAUAAAAUUAUAUGAAACUUUAACGAGAAUAACCCUUUAUUAAUUUUGUAGGUGAGAUUGACACAUUGAAUGAAAAAUAUCAGGCACAUGUGUACAUUGAAGCACGAUGGUUAUCCGAUUCAGCGAAGUUAAGAUUAACAACUGAUCAAUAUCGCCAACUAAACGAGGGAAAAUUUAUAACCAUAUUGAAAUAUAACGAAACGAAUUGGACUCCUGAACUGUGCAUUGAAAACUCAAUUGGCGAAUUGAAAGAAGUGUUACGUUAUACGCUGAAGAAGAGUAACAGUCAACAAGAUGGUCAACUAAUUGAAAUAUGCGAACAUCGUGAUAUUAAAGGUGCCUUUUGGGAAAAGUUAGAA